GGUCCUUUAGCCGUCACAUAGUCUCCCCUCAGUUAGCACUCCGAUGUAGACCUGUCUGUUCCGCUGGAUUUCUCCUCAGGCUGAGGGAAGAUGUCGGCCCUCCGGAGCUUGGGUCUGCCGGCUGCUUUGCUAGCUGCCACAGGAGGGGUGGCCCUGGCGACCUGGAGGUAUCUGUCCACUAGGAGGCAAAAGAGUGCAGAGCACGGGGACACUCUGCGGGUGGAGGAGGAAGGAAAUGUGGAGGCUGUGUCACCUCAGGGUGCCUUCAGAACAGGUGGGCAGCAUGAGGACGUAAAGCAAGAGUUUAGGGCAGGCACAGCUGAAGAAGUAUCUGCAGUGCAGAAUGUAGAGGGCGGAACGGGCUCACUAGGGAGUGAUGGGCAGUCACCUCCGGGCACCUCACCUGUGUGUCUGGAGGAGAAGAAUGCAGCAGCUCCAGUCACCUCACCUGUGUGUCAGGAGGAGAAGAGUGCAGCAGCUCCAGUCACCUCACCUGUGUGUCAGGAGGAGAAGAGCGCAGCAGCUCCAGUCACCUCACCUGUGUGUCAGGAGGAGAAGAGUGCAGCAGCUCCAGUCACCUCACCUGUGUGUCUGGAGGAGAAGAAUGCAGCAGCUCCAGUCACCUCACCUGUGUGUCAGGAGGAGAAGAAUGCAGCAGCUCCAGUCACCUCACCUGUGUGUCAGGAGGAGAAGAGUGCAGCAGCUCCAGUCACCUCACCUGUGUGUCAGGAGGAGAAGAGUGCAGCAGCUCCAGUCACCUCACCUGUGUGUCAGGAGGAGAAGAGUGCAGCAGCUCCAGUCACCUCACCUGUGUGUCAGGAGGAGAAGAGUGCAGCAGCUCCAGUCACCUCACCUGUGUGUCUGGAGGAGAAGAAUGCAGCAGCUCCAGUCACCUCACCUGUGUGUCAGGAGGAGAAGAGUGCAGCAGCUCCAGUCACCUCACCUGUGUGUCAGGAGGAGAAGAGUGCAGCAGCUCCAGUCACCUCACCUGUGUGUCAGGAGGAGAAGAGUGCAGCAGCUCCAGUCACCUCACCUGUGUGUCAGGAGGAGGAGAGCGCAGCAGCUCCAGUCACCUCACCUGUGUGUCAGGAGGAGAAGAAUGCAGCAGCUCCAGUCACCUCACCUGUGUGUCUGGAGGAGAAGAAUGCAGCAGCUCCAGUCACCUCACCUGUGUGUCAGGAGGAGAGCGCAGCAGCUCCAGUCACCUCACCUGUGUGUCAGGAGGAGGAGAGCGCAGCAGCUCCCGUCACUUCUAAGGCUGUGGAAAAGAAGAGCGCAGCAGCUCCAGUCACCUCACCUGUGUGUCAGGAGGAGAGCGCAGCAGCUCCCGUCACUUCUAAGGCUGUGGAAGAGAAGAGCGCAGCAGCUCCAGUCACUUCACCUGUGUGUCAGGAGGAGAGCGCAGCAGCUCCCGUCACUUCUAAGGCUGUGGAAAAGAAGAGCGCAGCAGCUCCAGUCACCUCACCUGUGUGUCAGGAGGAGAGCGCAGCAGCUCCAGUCACUUCUGUGACUGCGGAAGAGAAGAGCGCAGCAGCUCCAGUCACUUCACCUGUGUGUCAGGAGGAGAGCGCAGCAGCUCCCGUCACUUCUAAGGCUGUGGAAAAGAAGAGCGCAGCAGCUCCAGUCACCUCACCUGUGUGUCAGGAGGAGAGCGCAGCAGCUCCAGUCACUUCUGUGACUGCGGAAGAGAAGAGCGCAGCAGCUCCAGUCACUUCACCUGUGUGUCAGGAGGAGAGCGCAGCAGCUCCCGUCACUUCUAAGGCUGUGGAAAAGAAGAGCGCAGCAGCUCCAGUCACCUCACCUGUGUGUCAGGAGGAGAGCGCAGCAGCUCCAGUCACUUGUGUGACUGCGGAAGAGAAGAGCGCAGCAGCUCCAGUCACUUCACCUGUGUGUCAGGAGGAGAAGAGCGCAGCAGCUCCAGUCACUUCUAAGGCUGUGGAAGAGAAGAACGCAGCAGCUCCAGUCACCUCACCUGUGUGUCAGGAGGAGAAGAGCGCAGCAGCUCCCGUCACUUCUGUGACUGCGGAAGAGAAGAGCGCAGCAGCUCCCGUCACUUCUGUGACUGCGGAAGAGAAGAGCGCAGCAGCUCCAGUCACUUCUGUGACUGCGGAAGAGAAGAGCGCAGCAGCUCCAGUCACUUCACCUGUGUGUCAGGAGGAGAAGAGCGCAGCAGCUCCCGUCACUUCUGUGACUGCGGAAGAGAAGAGCGCAGCAGCUCCAGUCACUUCACCUGUGUGUCAGGAGGAGAAGAGCGCAGCAGCUCCCGUCACUUCUAAGGCUGUGGAAGAGAAGAGCGCAGCAGCUCCAGUCACUUCUGUGACUGCGGAAGAGAAGAAUGCAGCAGCUCCAGUCACCUCACCUGUGUGUCAGGAGGAGAAGAGCGCAGCAGCUCCAGUCACUUCUAAGGCUGUGUAUGAGAAGAGCGCAGCAGCUCCAGUCACUUCUGUGACUGCGGAAGAGAAGAGCGCAGCAGCUCCAGUCACUUCACCUGUGUGUCAGGAGGAGAAGAGCGCAGCAGCUCCAGUCACCUCACCUGUGUGUCAGGAGGAGAAGAGCGCAGCAGCUCCAGUCACUUCUAAGGCUGCGGAAGAGAAGAGCGCAGCAGCUCCAGUCACUUCUAAGGCUGCGGAAGAGAAGAGCGCAGCAGCUCCCGUCACUUCUAAGGCUGCGGAAGAGAAGAGCGCAGCAGCUCCAGUCACUUCUGUGACUGCGGAAGAGAAGAGCGCAGCAGCUCCAGUCACUUCUUUGACUGCGGAAGAGAAGAGCGCAGCAGCUUCAAUAAAUUCUAUGGCUGCGGAAGAGAAGAGCGCAGCAGCUCCAGUCACUUCUGUGGCUGCGGAAGUGCAUGCACCCAGAUCAUCUGUAGAUCCUCCUGUGGAAAAGGGAAUCGGCGACUCCUUGUCAUCUGCAGAAAUAGAGCAUAAGGAAAAGCAUGCACCAUGCAAGCAGGUUUUAGUACUCGGUCUGGAUGGAGCCGGGAAGACAAGCAUCUUGAACUCUAUUGCCGCCAAUAAAGGAAAACUUAUUACAACACCCACAGAAGGAGUAAAUGCGAUGUGUGUCAGCAACGGCAAUUCCAAAAUGGACUAUUUGGAAAUUGGGGGAAGUGAGCAGCUUCGUCCUUACUGGAAAAUGUACCUCGCUAGAGCCUUUGCUGUUAUUUUUGUGGUGGAUUCUGCUGAUCAUGGUCGUCUUCCACUCGCCAAAAGACAUCUUCAUCAAUUAAUCCAGCAAGACUCUGUACUUCCUCUUCUGGUACUUGCUAAUAAACAGGAUUUGGAAACUGCACAUCACAUCCCCGAGAUUCACGAUGCCCUGGCACUGUCAGAGAUCUGUGAAAAGAGGAAGUUAUUUCUCAUUGGAACAUACGUGACAAAGGAGGGCUCUGAGGUUUCCUCUGGGAUUCAGGACACCAAAGAAUUUCUUGCACAUCUGCUCUUAGAAAACUCUGAAAUCCAAUAACUCUAUUUGUCCGACACCAGUACUAUCGCUCAGUAUAAACUGGGGGUGUCCUGUUUGGAUACCUACGUUUUAAAUUUAAGGGUCCCUGCCAAAGAUGAUGGAACCGAGGUCAGAUGAUGUCCAUAAUGUAAAUGCUCAUUACCCCUGCACCAGUGCUGGAGGGAAAAUGAAACAUUACAUUGAUAUGAGCAUCCAUUCAUUUUCACUGAAUGCUUGCGAUCCCCCAGAAUACAUAGCAACACUGCUGGAAGUCCUCAAUAGGGCUGGACUGACCAUUAGGGCAAAGCCCAAGGUGUCAUAGCCAGAAGGGGCCCUGCGAUUGAUCCUUUAAAAUUUAAAGGUAAAGUCUGCAGAAAACAUGGGCUACAUGAGAUAAACACUGCCCAAAUGUAUUAUGUUCACCUGACAGUAGUGCAUUUUUAACUCUGGUGGCUGAUCAGGGGCCAUGAAUGUUAGUGCCCAAGGGUGCAGACCUCUCAAUUUUCUGGUUCUCACUAAUGCGAGAGAACAUUUCGAGAGGUUGUCUUGACUAAAUAGCUUCUUUUUAAUAAUGGGUCAGAACACAAUGUGUUAUAAUUAAGGGUGGUGGAUAUUGUAUACUGAAGGUGAUCACAUAUUGCAGCAGUCCAUUUUCUGGUUCUUAUUCUCCUGCAUCACAGCCAGUUCACAGUUCUCAAUGAUGUCACUGGUUUCUGGAGAACUAAUAGACUGCAGUUAUAAUGUCUAGUGGACUGAUAAUUUCUGUAUCUUUAAACAGGUCUCAGGAGUCUUGGGUACUGCAAAUAAUGGCUUGAUUGCUGAGAUGUUCAAGACAAGCCAUAAUCUACUAUGUUGUACAAUACAGUCUAGGAUUGCGGUGGUGGCAUGGGAUAUGGAG